GGUAGGGAGACAACACACGGAGCCACUGAACCGGGAUAUGACAGAUAGCAACUAGAGCUAAGUAUCGGCUUCCUCUGGGGAAAGGGAAAGCUGGACGUAGAAGGCAAGUCAUAUAUAUAUAUGUAUAUUGUUUUACAAGAAAGGUCGCGAGCUAAAACAGCCGCGUUCGCUUACAGCAACGACACUGCGCGAAGCUUCUGCCGAAGGAGUCGGUCAACUUUGGGCUCAUCAUUUGGUCGCUGCUUUUAGGCUAAAGUUUGCAACUUCCUCAGGGUGGACUUUUAACUGCACACCAACAGGCAUUGUCACGACAUUCGAACAUGUUAGUAAUUGAUUCACUAGUGGGUAACCCGCUAGAUAACAGUAGGCUACGUGAAGAAAAGUGAGACAGUGCGCGCUUGGAGGCUCACACAUGAGCGAACUCAGCUCAGUUUGUAGUGCGGCUCUCACUGUAAAACUGGCAUGGAGCUCUUUUCCUGGACGCUCGCGCACUGUUGAAAACUUAUCGUAACAUUCUUUCUAGGGAGUACUUUACAAUAGUUAUUUUUAUUAGGGCUUUUAACGCUUACAACUACCAAUACUGCGAGUACAACUCGUUGAAGACGAGAUAGAACCACGACGAAAGGCGACUGAUUCCACCCCACGCGCCCGGACCAUGGCUCCCACCUCGCGGAACAGCUGCGUCUGGUUGCUCUGGAGACGGACUUUCCUCGCGCUGUGGCUCUGUGCGCUCGUGGCGCGGGGAGCGGAGGAUGACGGCACCUACAACUCAGAGUCAUGGCUGAGGAUGUACGGGUACCUGCCCCAGGCCAGCAGACAGAUGUCCACCAUGCGAUCGGCUCAGAUCCUAUCCUAUGCCAUCAGCGACAUGCAGCGGUUCUACAGCCUGGAGGUCACUGGACAGAUGGACCCUCAAACCAUCAGUGCCAUGAAGAGACCCCGCUGCGGCGUGCCCGACAAGUUUGGAGGCCAGAUCAAAACCAACGUGCGGCGGAAGCGCUUUGCCCUCACGGGACAUAAAUGGAACAAAGGCCACCUCACUUACAGCAUCCAGAAUUACACUCCCAAGAUCGGAGAGUACAACUCAUACGAAGCCAUCCGUCGGGCGUUCAAAGUCUGGGAGACGGUGACCCCAUUGACCUUUGAGGAGAUUCCCUACCAGGAGAUCAAAUACGGACGCCGCAAGGAGCCCGACAUCAUGAUCUUCUUCGCUUCGGGCUUCCAUGGAGACAGCUCUCCUUUUGAUGGGGAGGGAGGCUUCCUGGCGCACGCAUACUUCCCGGGACCCGGAAUGGGCGGGGACACCCACUUUGACUCGGAUGAACCGUGGACCAUAGGAAACCACAACAUACAAGGUAAUGACCUCUUCCUGGUGGCGGUGCACGAGCUGGGCCACGCCCUGGGUUUAGAGCACUCCAACAACCCGCUGGCCAUCAUGGCUCCCUUUUAUCAAUGGAUGGAGACAGAGAACUUCCAGUUGCCCGAGGACGAUCUGCGGGGCAUACAGCAGAUCUAUGGUCAACCAGGCGGCAGCCCCACCCAGGCCCUGCCCACCGUGACACCCCGUCGACCGGAGCCCAGGCCCCCUCAGACACCUCCUCGGCACCCUGACCGCCCCAGGACCACCGAAAGACCAGACCACUAUGGACCCAAUAUCUGUGAAGGGAACUUUGACACGGUCGCUGUGCUCCGAGGAGAGAUGUUCGUCUUCAAGGGCCGUUGGUUCUGGCGGGUGCGUAGGAACAGGGUUCUGGAUAACUACCCCAUGCCCAUCGGUCACUUCUGGAGGGGUCUGCCCGGAGACAUAGACGCUGCCUACGAGAGACACGACGGCAGGUUCGUCUUCUUUAAAGGAAACAGAUUCUGGCUUUUCCGGGAGGCUAACCUGGAACUGGGCUAUCCAAUGGAGCUGGUUGAUUACGGUCAAGAUAUCCCCUACGACCGGAUAGACACAGCCAUCUGGUGGGAGCCAUCCGGCUACACGUACUUCUUCCAAGGAGACUGGUACUGGCGCUUCAACGAACAGUCGCGCUUGGCCGACCGAGGCUACCCGAAACCAAUCAACGUCUGGGGAUCGUCGGUGCCCUCCUCUCCCAAGGGGGCCUUCCUCAGCAAUGAUGGUGCGUACACCUUCUUCUACAAGGGUUCCAAGUACUGGAAGUUUGACAACCACCGGAUGAAGAGCGAGCCAGGCUACCCCAAGUCCAUCCUGAGAGACUUCAUGGGCUGCAGCGUGGACCUGGACCCAGACAGAGACACGGACACAGACAUUGACGCAGGACGCAAGUACCCGGACGUGAACCGCCCGCCGGUCAACCCAGACGCGGACGGACGUGACAAGGGCAAAAACCGCGAGGGGACAGACGGCGGCGCGACGGACGAGGACACGGGCAAGGGGUCGGACGACGGCAAAGACGAAGACCACCGCGAGGAGGACACCAACGAGGUGGACGUGGUGCUGAAGGUGGACGACAGCGAGGAGCGGACCAUGAACAUCCUGAUGGUGACCAUCCCGCUCGUCCUGGUGCUGUGCAUCCUGGGACUGAUCUACGCCAUCAUCAACACGCUGCAGAGCAAGGGGGCGCCGCGGCUGCUGGUGCACUGCAAGCGCUCGUUGCAGGACUGGGUCUGACCCCCUUGAACUUACGGGGACUCUGAACUUUGAACUUAAAUCGGACCAUAGACGCCGCCCUCCACUAAUACAAGCCUCCUCCCAGUGAUCCAUCCGUCUCGGCGGCUCCUGCAGCUCUUAUUACAUGUGGUAGUAGAUCCAAUACUGUACUGACACACACACACACACACACACACACACACAGACUAGAAGCAAGCAUUACGUCUUACUUAUACAUACCCACACACACACCACCCUAACCUCCUCCUGUCUCCCAUGGUGCUCUACAAUGCGUUGACUGUAGUCUAUUUAUAUGAGAGAAGUUUGCACAUUGUUUUUUCUAGUUUUUGUGUGACUUUUUUGUUUUUAUUAUUCUUAUAACCAGGAAGGCCGUUCUUUUCUCUCUGCACCGCCUUCCUCCUCGGCCCUACUCUCAGUAGGAGCUUUGUCCUCGCCGAUAACUUGAUAUCUGCUUGAUAUCUACAAAAGAAAACCACUGCUCCGAGCAGAGUUCGGUAGUGCUCCUUCCUCCUCUCGUCAUCUUCUUCUUCACCCAUUCCCUUUUGCUCUGCAGCGGGUUUGGUCACGUAGAGUCCCUCUGACAGCGAUUAGGCUGUAACUCUGAAGGUUGGCUCACAGUUUCCAUACAGGCACUGCUUUAGUUUUAGAGGAUAAUUCCAGUUUAUUACUUGGAUCAAAUUUUUAUACUUUUUUUAAUAAGACCACAGUAUUCAUCAAGUUAAUGGCUGGGACAAUGUGGAGACAUUGCUACAAGGAUGUGGAAACCCACAGGCCUAUAGAAAGACAAAGUGCAAAAUUUCGAGGUGCUGAUAGGCCGAUUUUUUAGCAUUGGGCGGAGCCAGUGUAGCUGUCUCCCCUGCUUCCAGUCUUACAGCAAUCUUCCAACAACAGAUAGAAACCGUGGCUAAAACUAAGAAUAAAAAAAAAAAAAAUAAGCCCUAAGUUGUAAUAAAUAGUAAUUAUCCUUUAAAUUCAGACCGCUGCUGCCUUAUUUUCCUUUUUUAUCUUGUACACAGUUGGACAAUAGGUCCACUUUCUUUCUUUUCCUUGUUUGGAAAGUGUUUAAAGACCUCUUUGGCUGAAAGGGUUCAGACUUUAAAGGGGAUCUCCUCCCUCAACUUUCAUUCAUGUGGCUAAUUCUCGCAGAGCUUCCUUUCUGUCAACAGUAACACCUUUCCUCUGAGCUCGAGAGGAGACGGACUAAUGGUUCAUUAAAAAAAGUCAGCUCGCUGUGAAAUGACACAAGAGAGGGAGCAUCCGUUGUAUCUCUGCGUGUGUGUGUGUGUGACAUAAAACAAGGGCCAAACAAAGCAAAGCCACGGCCCUUAACUUCAGGAUGUAACACCACGAAUGCAACACAGCAGCAGCAGGGUGCAGCUAACGUACCGCGCAGUUUUUAUUAAUGGACUUUUUACCGCUGGUGUUUUGUCAAAGGACAAUUUUAAGAAACUUCACAGAUGACCCGCAGCCCAUGUGUUGUUAAUAUGAUGUCGCUGUAAGCAGCAGGGUGGGCUCGGGCCAUGCAGGCUCAUGUGAACACGGACUAAUCCUCUUCAUUAAAGAACAGCAGGUGUGUGCAAAUGCUGUUAACCCUCCGCGACCCCUAAACUAAACCUUGAACUGCCAGAACUAAAACACUCCCCACUCCCUUUUCAUCUUGCAAGAGCGGAGACGGGUUGAUGAUCAGUGCGUGUCUUUGCUACUCAUUAUACCGGUGUUAGGAAGACGUACGCCUUUUCUUCCAGCUGUUCCUGGUUUACGGUUCAUUUUUUGUACAGCAUGAAAAUCACUCAGAUCAUUAAAGUGCUAAAAUAAAUCACUUGGAUGAUACAACUCAAGCAAGUUUUAAGAGUUUGCUUACUGAUUUUCAUACUGUACAGAAAUUAUUGGAAACUUAUGGUGAAAAUUCUAAACUAUUUAAAUUUUAACUAUUUUGUUUUGUGAAAUGGUUCCUUCACCGUUGAAUAUUAGUAAAGGGGCUAAAACAUGCACAAAGGGUUAGGGUUCAAAAACAGAGUUGUCCCAGAAAAAAAAUAUUCAUCAAAGACAAGAUAAUUCCACUUGACUGAUUUGGGAACACAUUUUCAAGAAUAUCUUUGGUCCGUUGACAUUACCCAUAUACCUUUGGGAAUGAGGAGCCCUAUUUCAAAUAUUUCAAAUUCGGAAAAUGUUUUUUUCUUAGGAAAUCAGAUUUUGAGUUUACAAACCAGCCUAAGACAAGAGAGAGAGGGGGAGAGAGAGGGUGGGAAUGGACGACUUUACAGUGCGGCUUCAAAUAUGAAUGGGAGGAAGGCUUAUCUGAGGUGGCAUUUAGAAGUGAGCUGCCGAUCCAACCAGGGGGGGGCUCAGCUCAGCCGGCUCAGGUUACAGAUGUGGACGGGGAGGGCAAGGAGGAGAGACUGGGUUUCUUUUGCAGCUGAGACAGAGGGGGGAGGGGGGUUGGGGGCUGACCUCAUCCUCCUGAGUCUGCAAAGCUUGGAUCUCAGCAAUAAGGGAGGGGGGGGGGGGACAGAGACAGACAGAGAGAGAGAGACAGAAAGCUUUGAUGGCUCUAUCCCACUGGCAACAGCCCAUGUGACCCACAUUCUCCUGGUCAGCCCCGAGCCAGAGAGGAAAGUGUAGCCUAGUAGGUGACAGAAUGUAAUGUAGUACAGAAUAAGAUCAGAGACCUGCUCAUUGAUUCCAGCUGCGCCUCAGAAGCAGCAGCAGAUUUUGCUUCUUCGGCCUUUGGUGCCAGUCGGACUGCGUAAUGACGGACGAUGCGGAGACGUACCGCUGCUGUUGAGGCGCAGACAAGUCGAGGUGAGACACAUCUACGUGGACAGAGGUGAAGUUGACAGGACACUUACUGAAAGGGAAGAAAAAAAAGGAAGAGUAUAAUCAGCUGUCACCAGAAGUCUGCUGAUUGAUCUGUGGCCGGUCAAUAGCAGGUGCCAGGAAACGCUGCCCUGUGUGCAUCGUUCAGUUCACCUCCUAGCCAUCGGGGUAUGGCGGAUGUAGCUAAUCAGCAUUAACAGCAUCCUAGCCCCCCCCCCCCGCUCUGUGCUCCCUCCUAUCCUGUCCUGUUCCUUCCAAUCGGUCCGACGGGUCGAUGCCUAAGACAGCCCGGUGUCUGGACAGGCUCAGUAGAAUGUCCCCUCAUUGCACCAGGCACCACGUUGUGUGUGUGUGUGUGUGUGUGUGUGUGUGUGUGGAGCUCUGGUUCAUCAACUCCUCUUCUUCUCCUCUGAAACCAGCCCAUAGGGGAGCUAACCAAUUUAAAAAAAAAGAAGCUAAAGUAACCACUGUAAAGUCUGUUGCACCUGGAACUUUCUUGACUUGAAAUCACCAGUUCCUGUUAUUCAGCAGUUUGAGGGAUUCUCUGCGACGCCGACCGUCUUAAAGGACAGCGAGCGGGGUAGAAAUCUUGAGAGGGUUCGGAGGGAGAGCUGCCCAGGCUGAUUGAUGCGUGUGUGUGUGUGUGUGUGUGUGCGCGUCGAGGUGUUCAGUUAAUCAGCUCCACUCUCCAUAAGCGAGGCCUGUUUUUUCUGACUGUAAAUCUCCCACGCUCUCUCUCUACCGCUGCCCCUCCGCAGGCUCGGCCCAGCCCUCUGAGCUCAGGGGGAUCACAAUAACAACAAUGGCCUUCUCUCUCACACACACACACACACUCUUUCUCUCUGUCUCCUCCCCCUAUUUUCUCUUUUCCUAUUGCACACACAAACACGUUAUUGUCUACCCCAAACCUCCCUCCCCUGAAGGGAACUAGUCCAGGCCUAGGUCCAGCCCCACACUUUUUUUUUUCUUAGAUCCACCUCCUUAUUCAGCAACUUUAAAACAUUGUGGAAGGAUUCACUGAAACACGCUGUAGUUGUCACAUUCAGAAGGAGUUUUUUUAUUUUUUAUGUUAAUGCCCUGUUUGUUUUGAAGUACAGGGCCGUGAUGCAAAGUUUAGGUGAGGUGAGGAUAUCGCUGAGCUUUCAUCUCUCUCAGGAUGUGUUUCUGUGAACACUGCAUGUUUGAGCAUCCCUCUGUCAGGCCUGCUGUGGGCUUUCAUACCUUUCUUUUUUUUUGUCUUUUUUUUUUUUUUUAAAUGAGCGUUUCUGUUAAAAUCGCCUCAAUCAAUCAAAAGGCAGGUGGUUUUUUUAUUCCAGGCGUGUCUGUGCUCUCCACUGUGUGCACUUUCUCUUUUUUCUGUGUUUCAGCUUCCCGCCGUCACUGCGUAGCCCUCCACUUCUUAGUAACCACAAGCUUCAAAAAGUUGUUGCGUCAGCCCUGUGCAAAGCCUGAACUCUUCCGGAGGAAAAACCAGAUCAAUAAAUGAAGAACUGAACAGAUCAAAGAUACAAAAAGAACGUCCAACGGGACUGUGUUCCGUCAGCUCUGUGGCUCGUGACGGCUCCAACACUAAAGGAUAGUGGGUUGUCCAGAUGUUUCUCUCACUUUCCAAAAGUGCAUCCCACCUCGCUCACUGACCCCGUCCACUCUGACAGCACUCAUUUUAAAUCGCCACUCUGCUAACUCGACCACUCAUGAAAGCGAAAAAGAAUGACUCUCAGCAUCUGUGUUUGUUGCUCUGCCCCGGACGAGUGCGGCGGAUCGGCUUCAGACCGGCGUUGAAGCUGUUGAGCGGCCCGCUUUAACAAGAAACUGUUUUCAUCCACUAACUGCAGCUACAGUAGAGAGUAGACUUUGUUGGAUUCAGUCGAUUCUGUACCGACCGUCAAUAGUGGAGCUUGGCAUCUCACACUAGGCCACUCUUCAUUACUGCCAUAGUAACGGUUCAGUGACUUUCUGAGCUCAACAUCAUCCCUGACUGGGAUGAGAUAGAAAAAAAAGCAGCAGUUGAUCAAAACAGUUGUUUGUCUUUGAUAAUUGUCUUAUUUUGAUGUGAUUUUGUGCAUUUCUUUUCUCUCCAAACUUGAUAGGAAAUUUUAUUUUGUUAAUAACAUUCCAAUUCUUUUUUUGAUUGGUUGUUAGUGUUUUAUUUUUGAUUAUCUGUAGAAAAUGUAAGAUUUUAUACAUUUGUGUUGUUGUGUGUUCACCUCUAGUUGAGUGUGUUAACAAGCCAUGCUGGACAUGCACACAUUAAAAAAUUGCCCUGAAAA